CCCAUGUGGCUGGCCAGCCAGUUUUUGGCUUAUCAGUAAUGUAGCCUCAGGGCUGGGAAAUGAUCCGAAAAGCAUGUUUUGGUGAUAAGAGCAAGAUAUGAUUAUUUUGAAACAUUUUAUUCACGUUUGGACUUAGCUUUGGACUGUAAAAUACGAAAGUUGGGGUUUGGAUGGAUUUAGAACUAAACCUUUGAAGAGAAAUGUAAGGAAGCCUCUGCAGUUGGUUGCAGACAGAGCUGUUGAAAAACUGAACCAGAGUUAUAUUUCCUGCUUCCAUCCAAUCAACAGAGUGUCCAAGAAAAACAUCAUUUCAACUGUGGAAAUAAAACAACAAUUUCUUGAACCUGGAAAAAAACCUUCAUUAAAAACAUUUAUUUCUGAGCUUGAAGGAAUGCUCAUUAGUGGAAAAUGACCCCGGUCAUAGGUUCCAUUUCAGAGAAAUGACAAUACCAGCUGAUCAACUUGCUUCUGGUGUUUCUUGCUGUUUUAAUGUGGCAGAAUGGAGCAAUUUUCUGGUGGAAUUGAAGGCAGACCAAUGACCUAAUCACGUGAAAAUGAAAGAACUGUAAUGGAAAACCGUCUACCACUAACAAGGAGUGAAAUAAUAUAUCACUUUCAGAGAAUAAAAUAUGUUUUUUCUCCUAUGUAAAAACAAGAAGUCUUAACAUUAAUUUAUUAAAAGUGCUAAUAUGGAUUUCUAAGACUCUUCAAUAUUUAAAGCCAUGCAAACAAAAAUGUUCUCGGCAAGGAAAUUUUUAAACAUCCUAUUUACAUUUGCGUUGGCAUUGUAUGUUAUUACAAUGUUGCAAAUGACUGCAAUGAACAUUAACGUGAUUUCAAAAAAACUUCACAAAAAUCCAGACACUUGGGACAAGGUUAGAAAUGAGAUUGAAAGAAGUAAAAAUCUGAUAAUAAAUCAGCUAAGAAUUAAUCGGAGAAAGAUAAAUCAGACCUUCAACUAUUCAAUUAAAGAGUCUUUUUUGGAAACAUCAGACACUGCCAUAAAUUCAAAUGUCAAUGCAAGACAAUAUAUUUUAAUUGAUGAUGUAAAAAGCCCAGAGGACAAGAAUAUCCAAUCAAAUGCCAACCAAAAAUUACAAGAUUUACUAAGUUGGAAACAAAAUGAGAAUACCAGAGAAAUGUCAAAGAGAAAAAUUCUUUCAAACCAAAUGGUAAUACAUAAUUUUGCUGACUCGGAAGGUGAUAAAAAUCAAUCAAAAUAUGCUGAUGGAAAUUUUCAAUGCCUUGAUGAAAAUAUAUGUGUUUAUUCGGCGUUUUAUUCGAAAGAUAACGAGCAAAAUGAAAUACUUCUUACAGCAUUAGCCAAACUUUCCAGCGAAUCUUCAAUAUUGUGUUCAAUUAAUCCGAGUCCCGAUGACAACUGGAUUGUCGCUAAACGACAAGAAAUGAGUGACAACCAUGAAAAGAUCUUCGGAGGAAUGUUAUUUUCCUGUUUAAUACCGGAACACAAAAGUCGAUUUAUACAUGACGGAGUGGUUCUCACAACCCUACAAAGCCUCCGUAAUAGAUCUUCAUCUCAUUCAAAGAAACAAUUUCCGCUUAAUAGGAUUCCAAUAAAAAGCAAUUCUGUGAAAUAUCAACUACUUCAACAUCCAAAGGAUAAAUCAAUGUCUACUUAUAAUCUUCUUGAGAAUCAUCAGAAGUCUGUACUGAAAAAAUAUUUAUUCAAAGAAAAGGGAGGUAAUAGUACAGACAGCGAAAAUUCUACUAAGUAUGAUUUACCUCCCUUGUACAGAAAACCAAGAUUUUGUAUAUGUGUUCCACCACUGUUUGGAGAUGUGAAGCUAUCAAAUCUCAUACAAUUUAUAGAACUUCACAAAGCAUUAGGAGUGGAGCACAUUUUCUUCUACAAAACUAAUGUCAGUAAUGAGGCUGAAAGAUUACUGAAACAUUACAGGAAUGAAAAUUUUGCUACAAUUUUACAAUGGAAACUUCCAUCCCAAGCAGAAAACAAAAUUUGGUAUCAUGGACAGAAUGUUGCAGUACAAGACUGUCUAUACAGGGCAAGAAACAUUUUUAAUUAUGCUGCUUUUAUAGACAUAGAUGAAGUUAUUGUUCCCAAGGCACAUGAUAACUGGCAAACAAUGUUGGAGGAGAUGGAAUAUAACUCUAGAGUUGAAAACCCAGAAGAACAACAAGUAGUAGCUGCCUUCAAAUUUCAAAGUGCUUUCUUUGACCUUGACACAGUUCCUGACUCACAGACUCAGAACUCUUACUAUUACAAUGGAACUUAUAAUUACCCUUCCAAACAGAAACUGUCAUAUUUCGGAGCCACAUCUAGGACAAGGCAAUUCAGCAAAAGGUGGAGUAAGUUGAUUGUUAAACCUGAAUAUGUUUACCAAAUGGGGAUACAUCAUGUGUCAGACUAUGUCAUUACUGACCGUGACCUUUAUACAUACAAUGUUUCCAUAGAAACAGGUUUUAUUCAUCACUAUAGACAAUGCUCAGGAGGAAGUGAUAUUGAUGUUGAAUGUGAUAAAAUGAUUGAGGAUAGAACCAUACUGAAAUUUGAAGAAAAAGUGAUGGAAAAUUAUAAUAAAGUAGUUGAUAAAGUUUUUAGAACGCUGUGAUAUCUUUAAUAAAUUUUAAAUGCAU